AUAAACAACCUUCCGAUCGCACUUUCACUUUUUUUGCAAACAGUUCGGAACCGGAAAAGAAAUAUCUCUCGAGAUAAUAUAUUCAACUCAGCUGUACCAUAGUGAAACAACCAAUCCAACGUGGCCAGGUGAAUUGAUCGCUUCGAGUUCAGUGUUUUGCAGACUGCGCCUCCAUCAUGUCAGCAUGCCGCGUGAGAACACCGCAUAAAAUUCGUUCACUAAUAAAAGUCACCGGCCUGGGAGCAGCUGUGUUCAGCGCGUACAGCGUGUAUCGUGGAGAUGAAAAAUUCUACAACGGCGUGUUUAUGCCAUUCGUGAGGCUAAUACCACCGGAAACAGCCCAUGAUCUAGCGGUUCUUGGAGUGAAAUGGAAACUCUUUCGCCCAAAGUAUCAGGAUCCGGAGCGGCUGCGAACGAACUUGCUUGGAUUAAGCUUCAGCAACCCGGUGGGAAUUGCGGCCGGUUUUGACAAGCACGGCGAGGCCGUCCCCGGGCUAGAACUGAUUGGAUUCGGAUUUGUAGAGAUUGGUUCCGUUACGCCUGAGCCGCAACCGGGUAACCCACGGCCACGUAUAUUUCGGUUGAACGAAGACAAGGCCAUCGUAAACCGAUAUGGGUUCAAUAGUGAGGGCCACGAUGUGGUAUACGACCGAUUGCGUGAAUCACGGGAAAAACAGGAGACAGGAAAAAAAGCCGCCCUGGGUAUCAAUCUAGGUAAAAACAAGCUUUCCCAGGACGCAAUACAGGACUACGUUCAAGGUGUGAAGCGUUUCGGUGCCCUGGCGGAUUAUCUGGUCAUUAACGUAAGCAGCCCGAAUACGGUCGGUCUUCGUGCGAUGCAAAGCAAAGGUACCCUACAGACGUUACUGACGGAGGUGCUGAAAGCACGCUCUACCUUACCGGAAAACGAACGGCGGCCGAUAUUGUUGAAGCUUGCGCCGGACCUGUCGGACGAAGACCUGAAGGAAAUUGUCGACGUGAUUCGGAUCAAAGCGUGUGCCGUGGACGGAUUGAUUGUGUCCAACACAACCAUCGACCGGCCAACAACGUUGAAAAGCAACAAUGCCGGUCAGCUGGGCGGAUUAAGUGGGCCACCUUUGAAACAACGAUCCACUGCGAUGGUCGCCAAGGUGUACAAGAUGACGCAGGGAAAAGUGCCCAUCAUCGGUGUGGGUGGGAUAUUUACGGGUGAAGAUGCAUUUGAAAAGAUUGAAGCCGGCGCCAGUGCAGUGCAACUGUACACAUCGUUCAUCUUCCAUGGACCGCCGGUGGUGCCGAAAAUUAAACGAGAGCUUGAUGCCUUGCUGGAGCAACAUGGUUACUCGAGCGUGCAGGAUGCCGUUGGAAAGGGUGCCGACAAGUAUUUGUCUUAAAAGUGAAAUUCUCAGGAAUUAGUUUAAGCAAAAAGUUUCGAAAUAUAUAUUGUACAUAAUU